CUAUUAAGUAAUUUAAAAUGCAUUAAUAAAUCAAUUAAAAUUAAUAUGACGGGGCAAAUUGUUAUCUGUGUGGAUGUCAAUUUUUGACCGGCUAAAUCAGAACAAUAAUCUGAAUUCAACCAAGUAGAUCACCUUUUUUUGUUUCGCCGUAUACAAUCGGACUGCAGUUGUACGGUAUUUAAGAUUGUUUUAUCUUGUCGGAGUUAUUGAAUUUAUCUUUUUUUCCUAAUUAGAGAUUUUUUCAUUUAAAUAAGAGAUGAAGACCUUCACUGGCCUGUGCGUGGUAUUGGCUUGCUUCGAGUUGGCGAUAAGUAAGUGAAAUUUUUAUGGAGGGGUGGAUUUUUAUUUUUUUUUUGUUCAUAAAGUUUUCCCAGCUUGACAAUGUUUUUGGCACGGUUUAAGGAGAUGAAAUGUAAAUGUAACAAAGUUUAUAAAACAAUAUAUUAUUUACAGUGCUGACACACUGAAACAGCAAAUCACCGCAUUUUCGUUCCCCUUAAACAGUAAAUUCUACAGAAAACGAAACACGAAAUAUUUCGUUUGACGAACUUUUUUAAACAUGUUUUUUUACUUGUGAUCGUGUUUACCGUUUACGUUUUGACCGACUUAACAACAGCUUCUGAAUAGGGCGAAGAAGCUAACGUUUUAAUAAGAUGACUGAGUAAUUUUUAAAGAGAUUUUUGUUUCCAACGAUUUUGUAAGAAAAUAUUAUAUUAUGUAUAGGAGAAAUUCCACUCACUAGUUGGGGAGGAAUCACCGAAAAAAGCCCACAAGUUAAGGGACGAAUGUUUGGUUAACUUACUGGUGGAAUUCUUUUUUAAGAGGAGUAGACACGCAGUGGAUAUUUAUCAAAAAAUAAAAUCUAUAUUUUAGUUUUCUUAAACUUAUGAAGUGGUGGUGUAAUCAUAAUUAUUAUUUUAGUCUUGAACUAACCAUGGUUGGUUUUAUAAUAUCUUACAACUAAUUUUAAUACAGUCAUUAAAAAGACGAAUAUGUUGUGAUAAAAAAAAUCUAAUAAUAAGUUUAAUAAUAAUAAAAAAAUAAAAUAAUAAUAAUAAUAAUAAUAAAAAAUAAUAAAAAGUUUUCUAAAUUCAACGAGUAAAAAAUCAUUUAUUGGCGUUUAUAUGGAAGAUCGUGGUUUAUUUUCAUACGAAAAUCACUCUGAUAUCCGUAAUCGAGUUUUCUCGUUUAGGGCAAUAUUCUGCUUAUUUAUUUUAAUAUUUUUUCUCUACAAAAUAUAUAUAUAUAUAUGUAAUUUUAUUUAUCUAUUCAAUUAAUUAAACUAUUUUCAAAUAGAUGCGAUAAAAUUUAACACUCGUUAUAUUAUACGUAUGUUAACUGGGACGGAUGCGAAAAGUAUGUUUGAAAUGUACAAAAACAACGAGUUAGCUGCUAACUGUUAACAGUUAUAACGCUUGCGUUAGAAGAAGAAGAUGAUAAAAUGAAGAAGUUAAUUGGAAAGGGAAGCCUUCUAAUGAGCGUUUCUGAUUUUAAAAUUGUGUUAAAUUUGUUAUUUCUUUUUUGUUUUUUUUUUUUUACUCCGUGGAUAUAAUUUUUCUAAAUAUAAUAACAUUAAGAAAAAUUAUAUCCAGAUAAAAAUAAGGAUUUAUUUUCGAAAAAAAAUGGGUAAACUCUGCAAGACCUAUGCGCUAUUGAUACACGGUAAAUGCAUUAUAACAAUACUAAAAUUAAAUAGUAUAAUCAAUCUUUUUAAGUCUAUUAUUAUAAAUGUUUAAUGUAAAAAGAGAGAGAAAAAAACUAAGGAUAAUGGGUAUAUGGUAUAAUAUCUAUUAUAUUUUAACGACCCGACGAAUUCGAUAGUGUCAUACACUGAAAUAGCAAUGAUUAUUAAUGAUUUAUCCAUGUAGUGCUAAAUAACUCACGACGAUGUAUCGUGCCACGAAAUAGUAAAUAAUUUAAUAAAGAAUAGUGUGGACGAUUUUGUUAACAACUGAAAUAAGUAAUACUACUAACAAUUAGGUAUUAAAUGGACUUCGAACUUCGACAAUAACAAAUAAAAUUAAAAUACAUAUUUUGAAAACAAAUUUCACAUAGUUUCACUUUUAUUUAUGAGCGCAAGGGCAAUAAAUAUUAUAUUUACUUAAAAGUAAACGCCUUUUUUCAACAUCAGAAUAGGAUAUUUCUAUUUUUUCAAAUCGUGUUAAAUUAUCGUACAAUUAUGGCGAAUUAAAAGAAUUGUAUCCACAUAAAACCAAAUAAAACUAAAAUAAACUCGAAUAAUUAAAAUAUUUAUAAAUAAUUAAAAUAUCGCUAAAAUAUGUUGAAAUUAAUUAUUGAACGAUAUCUAGAGAAGAUAUUAGCCUUUUAUACACAUACAUGCAUAUAGAGCUCCCAUAAAUCAUUAAUUUAAUGUUUUGGGAUAAAUGUUCCAAAAAUGUUGUAAAAGUAUGAAAGUAAACUAAGUAAUUUAUUAAUGAAAAUGAUCAAAUGAAAAAAAAAAAUGUCUGUUCUCGUAUAGAUAUUUGUUACGGAUAUUAUGAUAAUGGUUACGUCGAUAUCCAAAGACAACCUCCUCAAUAUGUUCCGCAAGGUUAUUUUUCAAACCUUCCAGUAGAGGAUGUCUCCAAAUUUCCUUAUCACGUAACUGAAUAUAUUCAUUAACGCAUAUAGAAACAUAUAUUUAAUUUUCGUACAUUUUUAUAAUUUAUAAUAAAUGUAUUGCACAGGUGGUAAUUGUAGACUCGUCUAAUACCAUGACAAACCCCUAUAACAAACCACGAAUAGUGUGCCAAGGUGCUUUAAUCAACAACAAUUGGAUUAUUACGUCAGCUUCUUGCGUCUGGAUGUAAGUAAAUAUUUAUAAAAUGUUCAUUUAAAAUAUUGUUAAAUUAAAACGAACAUUUCGCUCAUUCCUCCCACCAAAAUGUGAUUUUUGGAUUUUUUAAUUUACCAAUUACAUUUACAUUUAGUUUGUAAUUAGUGUGAAUCCGUGCCACAACGGUUAACGUAAAACCUAAAAAAAAUAUAGGGGACAUUUUGCCGGCCCUUCCUCUCCCGUUUUUGAGCAAUUUAAAAUUAAAUUAGCAAAUUAGCAAAUUAAAAUUUAACUAAUGAGGCAGUGUUGCCAAGACAUAGUUACGGCUUUGUUGACAAUAUUUUAAGAGGACGCUACACUCGCUUUUAUUACCUUAGUCUAACUAACAGGAAACAUAGCAAAAUUACCUUUCUCUGAACGAAAAUUAUGGCGUUCAUGUUAAAACUAUAGGCUAAACUCAAAUAAAAAUAUUUAAAGAGGAUAAAAUAUUCGAUGGGUAGACGUAGUUUUUUUCUAAAAAUUGUCAUUCAAACAAUUUACGAAUAAUUAAAAAACAAAAGCUAAUAUGGUUACAACAUUUUUCUAUCAAAGCUUAUUCGAAAAGCUACAUAAGGUCUUUAAAAAUAUUUUUCUCUUUACAUUUCGUUAUAUUUGUGUUUAAUCUUUAAUUUCAAUUUAAACGUCACAAUUUAAGUUUCAAGUAACGCAAUUUUGCUGUUAUCCAUCUGUUGGACUGAGGUAGUAGAUGAGAAUGUGUAUCUUCGACAAAAAUGCCAGAAAGUUAAAAAGCCCAAUUUCAUUAUAGACACUCAAAUGUGAUCCGCUGGAAAGAAAAAUAAUAUACAUUUAAUAUCCUUUGUUCAGGAAUUACGGAAACCUACACCCUGAAACGACUUAUGCAGUAAUCGGUACAAACCGCUUUCUUGAAAACUACCAUGAAGGUGCAAACAUUUAUAAAUUAUCGUACCCUGUAUUCCAUCCGCAAUUUGACACGCAAACCGGUAAAGGUAAUGACGUGGCAUUGUGGAAGGUGAGUAUUUAAUGUAAAUAUUAUUUUAUUGACAUUUUGAUACACCUGCAGCUGUUCAAAAACUCGCUUGGAAGAUUUAAAAUAGUAGGAUACUACUUAUGGCUAUAAGCUUUAAGUGGAAAACUAGAAAAUUUGGGUAUAUAGUCACGGGUAAUGUUAACAAUUGGAUAAUGUCAAUAUUAGCCAUAUGUUAUCAUUAGCUGCCAUAAAUAUUAUUAAAUGUUAGCUAAUGUUAACAUUAACUGGAUAAUAUGAUAUUAUCCAAGAACUUUUGGAUAACGUCUUAAACACUUUUAUAGAAAUGUGUAAUGAAUGAAAUAAAAUAAUUUUAAAAUAUAAGCAACAUUAAAUAAUUAAAUAUUGUAAAAUAUUAAAGCCCACAACUGAAAACAUUUUGUUAAAUGGUCGUAGUUAACCAUAAUAAAGCGAAAUUCGCCAUCAGAUUACGAUUGCAUAUCGAUGAGAUCAACCUAACAACGACUAUUCGUUUCUGAAUAAAUAAUCAGUUUAAUUACAAGGCCUUAACGUUUUGAUAACGUUUUUGUUUGAAAAGGUCGGCAAAAUUUUAAGAAAAUAAGUACCAUUUCUUGAGUCUAGUGGCCCCAGGAUUCAGCAUAAUUAAUAAAUAUAUAUAUUAUACUAGCUGACUUGGUAGGUAAUAUUUUGCUAUUGCUAGAUUAUAGUGUAAAAAAUAAUAAUAAUAACAAUAGUUUUCUUGUUCGUGAUAAUCAAAUUAUCAACCAUUUUUUUCUAGUCUGUGGACACGUUUUUCCCUAAUAAAUUUGUUCCGGUUUUUACGUAUAGCAAAUUUACUGAAAUUUCAAGUUGUCUAGAUGGUACUUUAGAGAGGUCAUUUUUUGAUUUUCGACGUCAUUUUUAAAUAGAUGCACUUAAGUGGGGGAAAAAACGUAGGAAACGUACAAUUUCACGAUUUCAUUAUUUUAUAAAAACACAGACGAUGUUUUCUACAAGAAAAAAUGAUUUAAUCGAUAAAUCACAAGUUACCUUUUUGAUUUAAUUUUUAAUGGUAUCAUCACCAAUAUUUUUGAGCCAUUUUUGAGCUUUUAAGGAAUUUUAAUUUUUGUGAGUUUUUAAAAAUGGGAGUUUUAUUCUAAAAUUGUCAAAAUGAUCAGACAAUUUUUUUUUUUAAUAAGCGUUUUUAAAACAAAUUUAAAUGAAAAUCGAAAAAAAAAUACGGCACUUCAAAUUAUGUAUUACCGAAUUGUGCUCAAAAUUGUCAUUCGUUAAGCUAUGGUUUAUCGAUGCUUGCAGAUAUAAUUGAAAUAACCUGUCCUACCUUUCCAAUUUCUCACUUACAACAGUGGCCGCUGCCAUCACCAGUAUCGCUCUUUUUUUAAUUUUCGAUUUUGCUCAAUUAUUUAAAAAACCCACAAGGAAAAUCAAAAAACAACUGUUUUGGUCAAAAACUAGGUUAAAAAUUCAACAAAAUUGUUGAAUUCUUGUUUUUCUAUUGAAGUAAUAUUUCUGGUAGAAGACAUCGUGCGUAAAAAUUGAAAAAAAUGAAAUCGUACGCCGAAAACUUUUCGUUUUUCAUUUUUUUUCUCCUGGUUUUUCCAAUUAUUAUGAAGACUAAUUGGAAAAUCAAAAAAUGAUUUUUGUCAAAAUCUUUGACAGAGUAAGCUCGAAGGAAGGAAACAUAUUAUCACUAGUUCAUUUCAUUAGUGUAUAAUAUUUCCUACUUAUUAUAUUAUAAUGUAUAUAGAUACUUUUUGAACAAAAUUACUAGAUAUAACAUUAAAUACGUGAUUUUUUUAUAUUUCAGUUGAACACUCCUAUUAUGAAUCCGGACUACAGUAGAGUUAUUAAUUUAGUAGACCAACCCAGGCUACCUAUUCUAUCAAAUUGCGAAUACACUACCAAUAUAGUAAGUUCAAAAUAUUAUUGUACGCCCUAAUUGUCAAAUACGAUACACCAUAUAAUAUUAAGUAUAGAUUGAUGAGUAGUUUUGUGAAAUUCAAACGAAAAACUCGAAAUAAUGAUUACCCUGAAGUGAUUUGUGUUUCAGGAUCAUACUUUGUACGGAACCAACGCGAGAUUGAUGAAUGUAAAACCGUGUGAAACAUUCGGUGUUCCUGAUGACAUAGGCAAUUGUGUGAUGAUGAAAAAUACGCCACACGAUAACACCAAGGUGAUUGCGUAAUAUUAUUAUUGAAGUAUAAAAGAAUCAAUAAAUAUUACAUAAUUUAUAAAGUAUUUUACAAUUCAUUGUUUUAAAUCUUAUAAUAAUAUUUUACCGUAUAUUUGUCAUCAUUAUAAUUGAGUUAACCGUUUACAGUUAUAACUUUUAAUUUAUCUGAAUUUUUUUUAUCAUAAUCCAGUGAUUAUGUAUGAGAGUUUUGAUUAAAAUUGAUUUUAGUUUAUUGUAGUCUUAUUUACCAUAUACGUUUUCUAAAUUGUAGGUACACCGGUUUUUUACACAAUAAAUUAAUAUUAUUUGAUCAAUGUUUGUUAUUAAAAUCAUAAUCUACGCUUGUUAAACUGUGUUCAAAAUAUGUUAAUGUGCUUAUUACUUAUAAUAAUUAAUAAGUCAUAUUGGAUGUGCCGCACAUGAGAUUAAGAUUUGAACCGGAAAAGUUGGAAAGGGGUGCCAUUUAUUUAAGAAUGUGUAAUUGAUUAUAAUAUUAAUAUUAUAAUAUUAAUAUUAUAAUCAAUUAUAAUAUUAAUUAAUAAUUAUAAUCGGUUUAAUAUUAUUUAAUAUUUAAUAUUAUUCGAUAUGAGUGCUGUGCAAAUGACAAUUUUUAGAAUAAUUCUUACCUGUUAAUGUUUGAAUCUGUACAUACAUUUUUAUUAACAAGGGGGUUGCCAUUUGAAAAUUAAAAGUUAACAUAGUUAACAUAGAGAAAUAUCUGUAUAUCUGUACUCAACGAUUAAUUAUUGCUAACAAAAAACGAUUCUGAGCGGGGUUUGGUUACACGUAUUUUAAAAGACCGUAUUUAUUUACGGUUCUCGUCAAAAUUUGGUAUUAAAAUUCUACAAUACAGUUAUUUUUUUUUAUUUACUACAAAUUACGGCUUAUAAUGAACUUUCUGUUAAAUUUUCAAGCAUUUCUGUUUAGUUGAACAAUUUUAUCCAUAGAGUAGGUACCUAUCGAAUACAAAUUAUGUUAUAAACCUCGCAAAAUUUAAAUAUCUCGAAAGUGGUUAGAAUGUUUUGUACAUUUUACCACGUCUAGAAAUAGCAAAUAUAAUUUUUCAAUCCAAAUGCCAAGUCUCUACGAAUUUUUAAUAAAUCUAACGUAUCUAACAAAUUUUAAAGUGUCAUAACUUCAAAAAUAAUAAUUUCUGAUAAUAUUUUUACACCAUCUUUUUGAAAUCCUCGAAGUUUCAUCAAGAUUAAAAAAAUGGUUGAAAAUCUGAGGGGUUACUAAACUAGAUUUGUUCCUUAAUUUUAUAUUACAAAUGUAUAUGGUUUGAAAAAAGUAAUGGAAUUUAUUUUAUUUUAUAAGUUACAUAAAAACUAUUUAUAAUUUAAUUUAUCAAUCAGUUUUAUGUUUAAUUUUGUCACAAACUAAAGUAACUAUAUGAGUAACAGCUACUUUUAAAUUCGAAACUGCCUUUUAAAUUCAUCUUCUUCUAUUGUCUCUAAAUAAUUAGUUCGUUCCUUGAGCACUCGUGUUCAUCGAGUUCAAAUAAUAUUAUUUUAUUCUUCUGAUUAAUCAAAAGAAGAGACUAAUUCAUAAAUAUUAAUUAUACCUGCAUACACCGUUACAAUAAUAUUGCAAUAAAUAAAAAUUAAAUAAAUAAUUAUAUUAUCAAUAUAACUAACUUAAUAUUAUUAUAUAUUAAUUAUUUAAAUUUAAAACAAUAAUUAAAAAUGCAGCUACAUAUUACUGACGUGUUGCAAUUAAAAAUCAUUUAAAAAUACAUAAAUGAUAAAGUUCACAUAAAUAUAAUAUGAUUACAACGCAUUAACUACCCAGUUAGUGUUUAACUGGUAGAAAUUCUUUCAGUUAAAAUAAUCGUCGAGUUUAUGAAAAAAAAAAAAAAAAAACUGAUAGGUUAUAUUUAAUCUUCUAUGGCAAAAAACGUUUUUUACUGUCAUGUAGGUUUAUAGUUCAUUAUGAAAUGACCUGAGGGUUUUUUUUAAUCGGGGGAUGAUAAGGAUAGCAUUAAUAGGGCUUAAAAAUAAACUGCAUUUUCCUUAAUUAUUAUUCUUGAUUUAUUAUCAUGCUUAGUAAUAAGUUAAUAAAAGGUAAAACUGGGUCUGAUUACAUAUAAUCGAAUAGGUAAUAAAGAUUCUCUUUUUAAAUAAAACUAAUUUAAGUUUUUAAAAUUUCAUUCAAAAUGUCUCAGUGACAAUAACUGCAUCAUCCUCCCGGACUUAGAUGAAUUAAGCAAAAAAUAACUGAUAAAUAUAUGCCUUCAUGGUGUAGUUUUUCAUCGAUUAAUCACACAAAUUAUUGUACUUUAAAUAUAUCUAUAGUCUAUACUAACUAAAGUUUAGUUAUCAAUGUUUUACUAGCUGCAAUGUGUAAUUAUGUAUAUAUUUUUCAGUACUUUGAAACAGGAUGUCCUCUCGUCUGUGAUAAUAAGCUGUACGCCCUCAGAAAUGUCGAUGGACAUUUCACAACCGCUUACAACAGUAAGUCUUGGAUGGAUCAAGUAAUUAAUGAAAGACAAAAUUAUGUAAGUGAAGUCUUAUUCCAAUAUUACCUGCUUAAUCGUUGAACCUUUUUACCAAUAAUUAUUUUUUAUGGACUUAUAUAUUGUUGUAGUAAAAUAAUAUUUCAUUAUUGUUAACUGAUAUAGUACGCCUAAUUUUUUAGGAUAGAAACAUCCCUUCCACGGAAUUAACGACAUUACGUAGUCCAAUGCCCCGGAAUCCCAGAAUAAUGCCUGAAUUCAACGAAGAGAAACCAUACACGUCAAGUAGUAAGUAACAGAAGUAACUAUAAAUUAUCAAUUAACAAAUAAAUCUGUAUCUAGUAUAACGUGGAAUACGCAAUAUAAUAAAAUAUUGAAUCGAAAUAAUUAAUAAUAUACAGGGUGUUUUACAGUGUUAUUCUUAUGAUAUUUAUUCUGUCAAUCAUUUUUUUUUUUAAUCGGGUAAGGUUAUGUGAGGGGGGCAUAUAGUGUGGAGAAAAUUAAAAUUUUUAUUUUCAUCCUUUAAUUAUUGAAAAAAAAUAACUUUUUAUUUUAUUACUUCAACAUUUACAAAUUCUAAAAAUUUUAAUGUAACUUAUUCAUGUCCGAUCAAUAGUUUCUUAGCUAUAGUGGCUUUAAUACAGAGUUGAUAGAUCAAGUUCUCAGAAUCUGGUUGUAUAGGUACCUAUAAUAAUAACUGUUCCAUUUUUGUGAUAACGUUUUAUGCAUUUUGACACAAUAAAACAUAAUAAUAAAACGAUCUUAUUUGGAGAAUACGACAAUUUCAAGCAGUGCCGAUAUCGUUUUAUCAUUAUAGGUUUGUUAAAAAAAAAAUUUGAUUUGUUGUAAACAUUAUUAUUAAUUAUUUUAAUUCCUUUUAUUGUAAUGCUGUUGGAAACAUCUUAUUGAGUGUCAAUUGUCUUAAUGUCUUCAAUAUUAACUUAUUUACUUAACAUUUUUAUGAACAAGAAUUCUAACGUUCUAAUUUCAACUAAGCGGAACGGACGCAAAAGCUAAUAUUAAAUUAAUAAACAACGUUUCUGUGCGUUCUGGUCUACUUCGAGCACUGAAUUUACUCAGUUUUUUUUAUGAAUUUAAUAUUUUAAUUUCAUUAGUUAAUAAUAAGCCGGAUGAAUUAUCGCUGGCUGAUACGGAUCAAUAUAACAAGUUUGGAGACUUCGGAGAGCUUUACAACUCAUUCAGGUACUUAUCAAAAUAUCAAAAACAAUUGGAAAAAUGAAAUUUCCAAUUGAGCAGAAUGACUAAAAUAUACUGGUAAUGGUGCCUAUCAACACGAUAAAUGUGUCUAUUUAUGGGCCGUACAUUACGUACCAAAAAAUAGCGAAUGAUAAAUAUACGCAAAAAAAAAUAAUAUACUAUACAGUAAUAAUUUAGGUAAGAGAGAAUUUUUAAAUUCGAAUGGUCGAGGACCAUUGUAAGAUUUUAAAUUCCUUUAAGUUUUUAAAAUAUUCUGAGGUUCUGAUACUGAAUGAUUUCCUUUUCACAUGUCUUUUUAAUCUUACGUCACAUUUUUAUAUUUUUUACUUAUUUUUUGUAUGCGAAUAGAUUGUAAUACAUCAAUAUAAAACAAUUUCGAAAAGAAAAGAUCAAUUUCAACAUUAUCGAAUUUGGGUCCCGAUUCCUAACUUCGGUUUAACUGUUUAACGUAAUCUAACCAUUUCAUGUACUAACGUGAUGGUUUUUUUUUUGUUUUUAAGUUAUUUGAUAAGUUGUACACGCUUUUAUUUGAAGGAACGGUCGUUUAAUAUAAUACCGCUUUUGGCACCGUUACGAAUAGCUAAUAUAUAUAUAUUUUUUUUUUUAAAUUAUAGUUGUCUAUUUUAAUUGAUAUAACGUUUAAAAAAAAAAUUUUUAUGUUUAAAUUUAGUCACCCCUUGAAUAUUCAGAAAACGCGUUUACGGCGUGCUAUAGGCCCAGGCGAUAUCGACCUAAUAUUUCAGUCAUGGGCGAAAUCGGUUUCCAGGAUGGAUCCCGAAAGACAGCUUAGCAUUAAAAUCGCCAUCUCAAAAAUAGUGACUGAUGGAGAACAAGAAGAACUGGAGAAAAAACAAUUAUUAGAAUUUGAUAAGAAAUUUGAAGAGAUGGAGAAAAAAGAAGAAGCGGAAAUGAGAGCUGAAUCCGCAAGAGAAUCAAAUUUGAUGAAGGAAGAACGGAAGCGGGAAUAUCUGAAAAAAAAUUCCAUGUAACAAAUGUAAUCAUGUCCUUAAGUAUCAUGCAUCCAUAUUGAGUUAUCAGAAAUAUAGUGUAGUAAAUUGUUUUAAGAAAAAUAAGUUUAACAAUUUCUUGCAUUUUUAAUUUGUAGUUUUUAAGUUUUAUCUAAAUUAUCCCUCUACGACUCCUCCUUGCACGCUUCAUAAUAAUGUUGAUGUAUUCUGUGACAUCAUUCACGUUCUCUUCCAUUAUCCUUAUUUUACUCUCAAAUGUAAUAUCCUCUCUACCUUAAUAAUAUCAUACAAUGUCAUUUUCAAUGCCUAGUCUAUUCUCUCCUCCAGAUAAUACUAACUAUUACUUUUCUAAUCUUCAUCAACCAGUCUGGUAUUAAAAUCUAAAAUUGUUUUUGUAUUCUUUAAUUUUAUAUUAUUAAAUAAAUCAUUUCAAAUUAAUUGUCGAAGCUAAUUGUAUAACAAAGUUUCCAAUAAAAAAAAAGUUUUACCUGUAAAACAAAAAAAAAGCAUUUUAUCUGUAAUUAUAUGAUUUUGUAUUUGUACAGUUUAUAAAUAGAAUAAUAUAUUCAAAUUGGAACACUUUAAAAAAAAUUAAUUAGGUAUUUCAUGACAAAUUUAGUUUUUUUUUUUUAAUUAAUACCUUAUGUCUACUGAACUAAAGUCUAAAG